UCUUUACCAACGAUUAAUAUGCCUGGUUUCAAUGGUGAUCCUUUGGCAAAAGAAAAUUGCUUGAUGGAAGUUUCUUUUAAAUACACACGUAAUAAUGACAAAGAGUCCUGUGUAAAUCAGAAAUCAUCUCAACAUACAGAAUCUAUACCCGUACCUGCACCAGCACCUGCACCUAUUCCGCUAGCUGAACCGAGCGUUACAGUAGAAGGAGCAAAAUCUACUAUAGAAUUGCCAUUGCCCCUUAGAUUGACAGCUCCAACUACUACAAUGUCUUUCGAUAAGAGCAAAAUUCAAUAUCGGUGUUCCAAAUGCAAAUUAACAUUUAUUCUUAAAUCCCAACUUUUGAAACAUAUACAGCAAAUACAUAUCAACCAAAUUAAUAGAUCUAAAAAUAAACUAAAGUAUGGCUGCCGAAUAUGUAGUAAAAAAUUUGCAUACAGAGAAUCAGUGAGAUAUCACAUAUUAUCAGAACAUAAAGAAAAUUUGCAGCCGCUAUUUAAAACCAGUCAAGAUUCCAAUGAUUCAGUAAAUGAAAAACAAUCUGAAGGAAAGCAAAAUUUUGUUGAGAAUGCAUGUUUAUUGACUUCCUUUGAAUCCUCAAGAGUGAGAAAUUCAGAUUCUAGUUCUUCAUCACAUAACAUACAUUUAAAAAAAAUAGAAACACGAGAACUACCGAAUAUAGAAACAUUGUAUUCAAAUAUUUCAGGCAUAUUUCUGAACCAGCAAAAGGUACUUGUGUCAGAUCUUAUAGAAUUAUCAGAUGCUCUGCAAAAUUAUGAACUCAGUUCUGAUAAAGUAGAAAUUGUUUCUAGCAAAUUGAAAUCUAUUAUUACAUUUGUUAAGACAGGCAUUAAGAAUAAAUAA